UUUCAAGAGGGGUUGGUGCAUGAAAGGAGAGAGCUCUGCUGUUUGUUGACGUGUCAGAUGGUGAUAGAUGAUAUCCGACAACACUACAACAAUGUCUGGAGCAGCUAUAACAUGCAGGCAGUUGUCUGCAAGUGAAUAAGUGACUGGACUCAAAGGUCAACUGAACACAGCAGCAACAUGAGAGAUUACGAUGGAAUCACAGCUUUCUUGGGAACAUGGGGACCCUUUCAGCGGACAAUCUUCUUGGCAUUGGCCAUCAGUAUCCUGCCCAAUGGGUUUACUGGUAUUUAUAUAGUGUUUGUAGGUGAUACACCGCCACAUGAAUGCUAUGUUCCUGAGGAGUAUAAUAUCAGUGAGAUGUGGAGAAAUGUGACCAUCCCAAUGGAGACAAUAAAUGGUGCAUCGCAGCAUAGCUCUUGCUCAAGGCUCAAAGUGGAGACAGUUAGAAACUACUCUAUCCUAAAUAUCAUUCCAAAUGUGGAUGUCAACGUGAGUGAAAUUGAGCUGGAAAGUUGCUUGGACGGCUGGAAAUACAGCAAAGACGUCUACCAGUCAACAUUCGUCACCGAGUGGGAUGUGGUGUGUGAUAAUGCAUACAAAGUUCCCUUGACCACUUCAAUUCACUACUUUGGUGCGCUGGUGGGAACGUUCAUCUCUGGCCAGCUGUCUGACAGGUUUGGAAGAAAGCCAGUACUCUUUAUUAUGAUGAUAAUCCAGAGUGUGGCCAUUUUCGCACAAAUAUUCUCCCCAAACUGGCAGGCAUUCACUAUUUUUUUCUUCUUUGCUGGUGCUGGAUCAGUCUCAAACUACGUCAUAGCGUAUGUUCUUGGGACAGAAAUACUGAGCCCUGGAGCUCGUGUGGUAUUCUCCGCUCUUGGAGUGUUCCUGAGCUCUGCCAUUGGCUACAUGUUCAUGCCGGCUGUGGCAUACUUCAUCCGUGAUUGGAGGUGGUUGCUGGUUCCCAUGACAGGCUCUGGAAUAAUAUACUUCCCACUAUGGUGGUUCAUCCCAGAGUCUCCCAGAUGGCUGCUCUCUCAGGGAAGAGUGGAGGAGGCUGAGGCCAUACUGAGAGAUGCUGCCAGGAGGAACAGAGUCACAGCACCAGAGGUCAUCUUCACUCCCGCAGAGGUAGAAGAUGCUCUGGCCAUGAAGGACAAGAAACACAACAUUCUGGAUGUCAUGAGGAGCAGCAAUAUGCUUUCAAUUAUAAUUCUGUGUUCCCUUCUGUGGAUUAUUAUCACAUGUGGCUACUUCGCCCUGAUUUUGAACACCUCCAACCUCAGUGGAAAUCCGUAUAUCAACUGCUUCCUGUCUGGAGCUGCAGAAGUGCCAGCCUAUUUCAUUGCCCUGUUGCUGCUCAGAUACUGUCCCAGACAGUUUUGCCAGUCCUCCACUCUCUUCCUAGGGGGAGCUGUUAUUCUCUUCAUUAACAUGGUCCCAACAGACCUCCCAGGAGUGGCUAUCUUCCUGGAGAUGGUGGGGAAGUUUGGCAUCACGGCAGCAUUCUGUGUAGUGUACGCAGUCACGUCGGAGCUCUUCCCCACUGUGGUGAGAAACAUGGCCAUGGGGACGUGCUCCAUGGCAGCACGCAUCGGAACCAUCAUCUCACCCUUCAUCAUCUACCUCGGAAAUUACUACAAGUACCUACCAUACAUAUUGAUUGGUAGCCUUGCAAUACUUGGGGGUCUGUUCUGCUUCAUUUUACCUGAGAGUUACGGCAAGGCUUUGCCAGAGACCAUCUUACAGAUGCAGCAUAUCAAAGGGUGUCGAUGCAACACAGACCAAGACACAGAAAACCUAGAUAGCAAAUCAGAGUAUAGGAAGGAAUCUAAAUUGUAAAUCUUGUACUUCUAAGCUAACAUAUGGAAUUGUUUUUACAUGGUCAUACCAUGGAUCAUUUAACUAUUUGAUUUUGAAUUUUAGGACCCAUUUAGGUAUAAAAGAAUAUACUGUAUAUAAAAAAGUUAGUUGAUAAAAUAUUGAAAUUUGGCCUUAACUACUCUAACCCAUAGAAACACAUUAACUACUCUAACCCAUAGAAACACAUUAACUACUCUAACCCAUAGAAACACAUUAACUACUCUAACCCAUAGAAACACAUUAACUACUCUAACCCAUAGAAACACAUUAACUACUCUAACCCAUAGAAACACAUUAACUACUCUAACCCAUAGAAACACAUUGAAUAACACAUUCAUAAAUGGCAAAAAAAGACAGUCAAAAAAUAAAAAAUAAGGAAUAAGGUUUUGAAGUGUCUGUCCUAAAUCUAGAAGAUAUAAGAAAGUUCAGGAAAUAUAUAUAUUUUUUUACAAAUACUUCCAUUCAUUUGUAUGGGUUACCUUAAGACUAGUCCCGUGACACUUAUGGGGGUCGUAAAGCAAAACGGAGAAUCAUGUUCAUGAGAUUCCCCUUGCCACAGUCCUACAGUAUAAGCUUGUAGCCCAAAUGGAUCAUACGCUGCAGACAGAAGUUGGCACAUCAGCAUUACCAAAUUCAGAUGAGUCAUGUGUAGCUUGUGGGGGUCACAGAGAAAAAUGGAGAACUAUUGUGUUUGUGAGACGUUUUCGUGAGAAGACCGAUUUUCAGGAUGUAUCAAGGCCUGACAAACACUGCUGUAGCUCGGCCACCUUCCUCUGCAGAUGCGGAAGGACAACAUAGCCUGAUGUUGUGGAUUGAGAAACAACCCAAUGCAAAAUACAUACAGUAUCUCUAGCAUACACUGAUAGAUUUUGAUGGGGAUUAUUAUGUAACUUCGAUUGAGGCACAGGUGCGUCAAAAGAAUGUUAAGGAUUUUUACAUGAAUGUACUGUACACCUAAACAUCAUACAACCAGCAGGCAAAACCCUGCCGAAAGGAAAAGAGUUGGAUAGAUAGAGUAGCACUACCACACACAUCAGCAGAAGAGACUGCCUAGAGUGUAGCUUGUUUGCCAGAUAACCAGUGGAGAGAAAAGAUAAGACACACCAUAUGAAACACACAUCACAGCACAGGGGUAACCCAACCAAUAAUACCUCAUACAAUAAUAAUGGCAGAGAAAUUUAACGGCAACUUCCUAGAAACAAUUUACAAGAAAGAACUCAGUUAUCCACAUUAGAGGAUUUCCAAUAAUCUGUAUUACCUCCCAGUGGAGGAGUGCAGAGGGUUUGAAUGGGGGGAGAGGGUGUGGGUGUUCAUAGACAAAACCAAGGCUUUCAUUAAAAUGCCCAAAAUCUUCUCAGCCACAUAUCAAUAGUACCACAUCGCAUCAAUACAGUUCAAAUAACAAUACACAAUAAACUCGCAAAGCAACCUCCCUUUAACUAAAAUGUCAACGCAAAUACGUCUGGCAGGGCAAUAAUAGUCCAACGACACUGAACAUCAAAGGGAAGCACAUUGGGGAAAAAACUAAGUCUGCUGCAGCGAAAAGCCCAAUACAGGGAAGAGAGAGAGAGUGGGUUGUUGACUUCAGGCUUGCAGUUGCACUGUCAGUCAGUCUUAUGUUUCGUAUGUCAAAGCUUCGCAACAAUGUUGCUACUAAUCAAUGCGAUCAAUAAUCGGUGCAGUUGCAAAAGUUAACAACCACGACAUAGAGUGGUAACACCGGCGAUCGAGUUAAAAGACUUUACAAACUAACCACUCUGAUAAAAUCAACAAGACUUUCUGACUGCUGAUGCGCUCUUAAAGGUGCAGCGCACGGUGAAGGCUCCGUGCAGGAUUUCGCCCCAACCUCUCUAGCCUCAUCAUUGGCUGCUGCUCCAGUUGUGUGCAAUGGCCAAGCAACUGAAAGACAGUGUAAGUGGGAGUGGUCGAGUUAGUGAUUAUUAUAAAAUGAAAUCACAUUGGGGACCCUUUCAGUGGACGAUUUUCUUUGCAUUGGCUGCCAGGAUCCUUCCUAAUGGGUUUGUGAGAUUGCCGGCCGAUGCGCUCUCACAUUGAUAAGACAGAAAUGGUGAUAUUGUAAUAAAUAUAUUAUUUUAAAACUUGCAGACAUACCAGCAGUCCUCUUCACACACGGAACAUUUAAACAAACUGAAACGUUUCAGGCAGUAGGCCAUGGGUGUGUGCAAUAUGCUAAUUAACAAGAAAAGGACUGGAGCUGAGCACAGGCAAAACCAUAGAGGAAAAUCUUGUUCAGUCUGCUUUCUACCAGAUACUGGAGAGAUGAAUUCACCUUUCAGCAGGGCAAUAACUUAAAACACAAGGCAGAAUCUACACUGGAGUUGCUUAGCAAGAAGACAGUGACUGUUCCUGAGUGGCCUGGUAACAGUUUUGACUUAAAUCUGUUUGAAAAUCUAUUGCAAUACCUGAAAAUGGUUGUCUAAUAGAGAUUAACAACCAAUUUGACAAAGCUAGAAUAAUUUUGUAAAGAAUAAUGGGCAAAUGUUGCAAAAUGCAGUUGUGGAAAGCUCUUAGAGACAUAUCCAGAAAGACUCAGAGCUGUAAUCACUGCCAAAGGUGAUUCUAACAAGUAUUGACUCAGAACGUUAAAUACUUGUCUAAUUUUAUUUUUCAUGAUUUUGGUUUUACUAAUGUUUGAAUUCUUCUUCCACUUCGAAUAUUUUGUGAUGAUCUAAAUCCAUUUAAAUCCCACUUUGUAACACAACAUAAAGUGGAAAAAGUCAAGGGGUGUGGAAACUUUCUGAAGGCACUGUAUGAAGGGGAAAAAGCUAGAUCUAAUGAAGCUAGCCAUUCCAGCUUAGGCUUCAUCAGUACUAUGAAGGUGGAAUGGCCGUAACUAUAUAUACAGAAUAUAGUACACAAUCAAAUAAAUUACCGGUCAACAUCUACAUAUUGCUCCCAGCGUUGAUCAAAUCUCAGAAAACGUAUAUUCUUGACCUGACUGAGUUGUAAUCGGCUCUGGAUAAGAGCGUCUGCUAAAUGACUUAAAUGUAAAUGUAAAUGUAAUCGUGCUUGCCUCUUUGCGAAGAAGUAGAAUCAUGAACAGCGGUUUGAUCGUUAUCUUCGCCUGGGUAGGCUACUGAGUUCUCAUAAUAACUAUGCUUUACAGAGAGAAGGCUACUGAGACAGACAGUGAGGCUGAGGCAGGCAACAAUGCAUGCAGGAGGAAGCAGAGGAGACAGAGAGAGGAAGCAAGCAGAGAGAAGUUAGUACAGUGGUUCCCAAACUAGCGUCAUCACUAGUUACCACAGUCACAAAGUCAUAAUUAUGCCUAAAUCCUGCCUGUUUCUAAAAUGUAUCUUCUUAAAAUCUGAUUUUAAACCUAACGUUAAACCUUAACCACACUGCAAACCUAAUGUCUAACCUUAAAAUAAGAACAAAGAGCAAAUAUUUGUGGCUGUGGUAACCAGUGACAACACCAAACUUGGGGUCGAGCCCCAUGUGGGGUCUCCUGAGAAAAUCUGUACUGAUCUUAUCAAACAAGUGAGAAAUAAAUGUAACAAAAAAACAACAACAUACAGUACCAGUCAAACGUUUGAACACACCUACUCAUUCAAAGGUUCUUCUUUAAUUUUUAAAACAAUUUUCUACAUUGUAAAAUAAUAGUGAAGACAUCAAAACUACGAAAUAACACAUAUGGAAUCAUGGAGUAACCAAAAAAGUGUUAAACAUAUAAAAAUACAUUUUAUAUUUGAGAUUCUUCAAAUUAACCACCCUUUUCCUUGAUGGCAGCUUUGCAAUUCUAUAAACCAACUUCACCUGAAAUGUUUUUCCAACAGUCUUGAAGGAGUUCCCACAUAUGCUGAGCACUUGUUGGCAGCUUUUCCUUCACUCUGUGGUCCAACACAUUGUUAGGAAUGUUAUGAAUGUUAUGAAUAAUGACUAAACAAUAUCUACAUUUUAAAUAGAACUAUAACUAAUUAACCUUUACUCUGUUUUAUUAUAUCUGAUUAAUAAUGUUAAUUCAUAAGGAAGGGAUUGUGUAGCAUGAAACAGGGGGUAAUAAACAUAAUAAACACCAUUCCAGCUGGGUUGGGGAGGAAUGGAUUGUGGGUUUUUAAGUAAGCAAAAAGGAUCGUUAACCGACCCAACUUAGCUCUGGGAUGUUUAGAUAAGGCAGUGAGUGCGUCCCUGGGUUUUCCAUUAUCUGGAACUGUCUUCUAAAUAGUGAUGGAUGAAGGUGAAGACUCCAGAAGUUAAUAUUGAUAUCGUGUGUGUGCGCUAGGAGGUUGGAAUAAACCUUUGAACCUGCUUUGUCCUGGUCGAUAGGAGGAAGGACAUUUUAUAACCUAUGACGUCAUAUUUUGUAAAUAAACUGUUGUUUGUGGUUCCAUGUCAGCGCGUUCCGAGAAUAAAUACUAUUAUCUAAUUUUGAUAA